AUGGCCGAACAAACUUCCUUCCCCAUCCCGGAGCAACGCUCAGUCUCGGCAUUCAUGCUCCCUGUCUCGUUCAACGGCAACAUAGGCGGGCGUCCACGGCCCCUUGAGCCCGAUCUGACCAGCUCCGGUGGCAUAGCUUUACCCACUCCUGCCAUCCCCGGCUUCAUGGAUGGUCUUGGUGACUUGCAAACACCAGCCAUCAACCGGAACCUCCAGCCACACGAGGCCUUUGCACGGCCUGCCCCGCGCAACCCAUUCAUAGACUGGUACAAUUCCCCGGAGAAACCAUGGGACCCCAUUCAUGGUCGAGCUGUACCACUGCCACGAUCUGGUGACUUGCGAGGUGCGAAACUGAAUUACCAUCGCCUGGGUGGACAAGCCUACUCCACCUACCGGGAGAACCAUGUGCCAUCUGAAUGCGAGACAACCGGGCCAGGAGCGUUGCCGUCAGACUCUGGCUAUCACAGCAGGGCUACGCAGAGCGUCUUCAACGGCUCAGCCUGUGGGGAUGCCGACCGCAGUGGUGAGAAUGGGAGCAUUUCGAGCCACCUUGCUGGCCUUCAAGUAGACCGCACUCCAUUCUCUUCGGAAGCUUGGGCACAGGCAUCAAUGCAGACAACCACAUUGGUCUUGGCUGUAGACAGCGGUAGUCUGGUUUGCCCAACCUGUCACCAAAAGGUCAAAACCAAGUCUGAGUUGAAGAAGCACAAGCAGAAGCACGAGAAGCCUCACCGCUGCGACGUCCCUGGCUGCACACGUACCGAAGGCUUCAGCACACCGAAUGACGUCGAUCGGCACAAGAGAAGCUGCCAUCCUGAACAGCAAGCCAAUGGCAAAUGCUACAGAUGCAUCGUUCCGGGUUGCCGCAAGAAGGAAAAGAAAUGGCCUCGGGCAGACAAUUUCAGGCAGCAUCUGAAGAGGGUCCAUAAUGUGAUCCCUCGGGAUGAUGAUCUCGAGGACUACGUGUACAAAGAACCUGUUUCACCCGGCCCUGACCUAGCUGGUGUGGGAUCCGUAGGGGCCGAUUUGCGCAUGGAUGCCAACCACUAUGACAAAUGGCCGGGCUAUUCGCCAGCAAUCCAGGAGCAACCACCGAGGUACUCUGCCAACCUAGGCUAUACGGGGCAACAGAUGAAUCAGUACCAGGAUGCAAACACCGCAAAUCAACAGCUUCACUUGAUGGCAUCCAAUGAUGCGGAGGGCCAACUGCCUCAGGCUGCUGUACAAAUUCCGUCGGCUAGCCCAGGAGAUGAUAGUACCUCCAUGCAGCUCGACCACGCGCAACAAGACCAACAUGAGCAGCAAACUCUAGAUGGUGUUUCCGAUUCUGCUUCUGAAGACGAGUUCAUUGAACCGGAGUACUUGGACGAUGAAUCCGGGAAUGUGAGCGAGAUGGAUGACGAACAGCUGCCCUCUACUACACAGACCGAAGUAUCCAUGCCGAACAUGAAGGAACCCCUACAGAACCAUGACAACAUAGCAGAGACAAUUGAGGAUGACACUGAUUCGGUAUCGUGCGAGUCGGAGAACGUGGACGUUCAAGACUAUCCAGUCAGGCCCGAGGUCAGCGUGACAGUGGACGCCGUGUCUCUAGCCACGGUCACUAUACCAAGUGCUCGUGACAAGCGAGCUCUUGACGAGGCAGCUCAUACCGCCUCCGCGGAAUACCCGGCUGUGUCGGUGCUAUCCUCGGAGCCAUCUAGCUUGGUUCCCAACAGGCAUGAAGCGUCUGAGUGGAUCAAGGCCUUGGAGCAUCAAGGCACCCUCGCAGGCCUCUUGCAAGAGCUUGGAUACCAAAAGCCCAGGCAACCCGACAGAACGCCCUUGACAAGCCACUCAAUUAGCAGUGCUCCGUACGGUUGUACUUACUCACAAUGCGACAAACGCUUUGGUAGCAAGAAUGACUGGAAGCGUCACGAGAACAGCCAACAUUUUCAGCUCGAACUGUGGAAGUGUAGCGAGCCGAGCCGGCUAGACCCCAGUGAAAAAUGCGGCAAGGCCUGCCACCGUCGCGAACAGUUCAGGGCACAUGUGUCUAAAGAGCACGCGAUAACGGAUCCAACCGAGAUCGACCAAAAGCUUGCUCGUUGCCGAGUCGGGCGCGACUCCGAGAGCAGGUUCUGGUGCGGCUUCUGCAAGACUGUUGUAGAGAUAAGUGGAAAGAACAAGUCCGGAACGGAGCGCUUCAACCACAUCGAUGAUCACUACUCGGGCCGCCUUGGCUCUAGAAUGGACAUAUCCGAGUGGAAGAGCGUGGAUCCUGAUCUACCUGCGAGCAGCUCGCCUGGCUCUGACCGCGAAAACCCCACUGCGUCGUCCCAGUCCUCGUCCUCUUCUUCGGUAGGCCCGAGCAAAGGCCGCAAGAGAGAUGCAUUGGCACAGCAACCAACCCCUCGGAAACGACCGAGGGUUGCGGUUGAGACUCUUUGGUUUUGCCUGCACGAUCAUCACUGGUUGAUCAAAGGUAAUCUCCGUGCCGCUGCUCCUACCCAGUCUCGCCCUGGAAUGGGGCACAGCAUCGGCAAAACAAAACUGGCCGGCGUUGUGGUCAGGUCCGCCCUCAGAUCGCCUCUUGCAACGUCCUUCGGUGGGCAGGGGCGCAGCUCCUUUGUCCACUUUAAUGGCCCUCGAGAGCACAAGCGAACCACCUCAGCUCCGGGUGCCCCCAUUCUGUUGGCCGGGGUCGAGGUCCAAGGGGGUUACAUAUGCAAGGACACCCAGGCGAAGCCUGGCGUCAGCACGGAAGGAACAGACAAGCGGGAAAGGAGAAAUCAGGUCUCCAUAAAAUGCGGCUCUGCUCGAAGUCCCACGGAGCUCCCAGCAAAGCUCGCACCCGGUGUCCGGCAGCCAGUGUGUCUCUCUUCGUCGUUCUGCUCGAGUCGUCUAAGCGAUCUCUUAUACAUACCCUCAGGGCACUUUGCUUCGCCACCCAUGUCGCCCGCCAUGGCUUCCACCACCCCAAUCCACUUCAGCGAAGUGUUUUUAUCAGUUUUCUCAGUCGAGAGAUCCAUCCUUUAUAUAAUCUUUCAUUGCCGUCUGCCUAGUGUCGGCCCCCUCUCAGCACUUAGUAUCUGA